UCAGUUCUUCAAUUCGUUUCAAAGUUGUAACUUCACAAACCAAUCAAAAUGAAAUUCCUCAUUCUUGCCUUGUGCUUCGCCGCUGCCUCAGCCUUGACUGCUGACCAAAUCAGCACAGUCCAAUCAUCAUUUGCUGGAGUUAAGGGAGAUGCUGUUGGUAUCCUCUAUGCCGUUUUCAAAGCUGAUCCAUCAAUCCAAGCCAAAUUCACACAAUUCGCUGGAAAGGACCUCGACUCAAUCAAGGGAUCAGCUGAUUUCUCAGCUCAUGCCAACAAAAUUGUCGGAUUCUUCUCAAAGAUCAUCGGAGACCUUCCAAACAUUGAUGGAGAUGUCACCACAUUCGUUGCCUCACACACACCCCGUGGAGUUACACAUGAUCAAUUGAACAACUUCCGUGCUGGAUUCGUCAGCUACAUGAAGGCUCACACCGACUUCGCUGGAGCUGAAGCUGCCUGGGGUGCAACUCUUGAUGCUUUCUUCGGAAUGGUCUUCGCCAAGAUGUAAAUCUUUUAAAUAUCAAUGAUAUUUAUUAGUAGUGCCUUAAUUUAUGACAAACAUGGAAAUAAAAAAAAAUAUCGUUUAUGGUUUAAAUUUUUGUU